CCGUGUUCGUCAACCCGACGACAAACAGUCCCCCGCCCAUUUGCGACCGAGCAUACGCACUCGCGCGAGCCGACCGUCGAGCCGUCUCCCUCACCCCGAACGACUCGACUAGCACACUAGCCCACACCAACCACACGCAAGCCCUCACGACGAGGCUACUCCCACACAAUGGCAGCUCGCAAGCUCCAGCAGGAGAUCGACAAAUGCUUCAAGAAGGUCGCCGAGGGCGUCGCGACCUUCGAGAGUAUAUAUGAGAAGAUCAUGCAGACGGGCAACCCUUCACAGAAAGAGAAGCUGGAAGACCAGCUGAAGAAGGAAAUUAAAAAGCUGCAACGGUCGCGAGACCAGAUCAAGACAUGGGCGGCCAUGGGCGAGAUCAAGGACAAGAAGCCUUUACUGGACCAUAGGAAGCUCAUCGAGACCCAAAUGGAACGGUUCAAGGCGGUCGAGAAGGAGAUGAAAACGAAGGCAUACUCCAAAGAAGGCCUGCAAUUAGCCUCAAAAAUCGACCCAAAAGACAAGGAAAAGAUGGAGAUGGUUGAUUUCCUGGUGCAAAUGAACGAAGAGCUAGAGCGACAAAUAGAGACAAUUGAGGCCGAAGUCGAGGCAAUGCAGGUUAACAUGAAGAAGGGAAAGAAGGCAGACAAUGCAAAAGCUGAGCGGGUAGCAGAGCUCGAAGAGGCAACUGAGCGACACAAGUGGCAUCAAGGGAAACUAGACCUACUACAACGAGCGCUAGAAAAUGGCAACGUGGAGACGGACCAGGUCAAGGAGAUCGAGGAAAGCAUCAGAUAUUAUGUCGACAGCAAUCAAGACGCUGACUUCAUGGACGACGACACAAUAUACGACGAAUUCAAUCUACAAGAAGAGGAGGCUAUCUUUGGCUUGGGCAACGAAUUAGAAGGCGUAUCAUCGCAGGAUGCACAGUCAAUAGCAGACGACACGCCGGAGACAGAAGGGAGACCAUCGGCGCCAAAAGCAAAGUCUACAGAAGCAGUACAGUCCAGUACAAGACGGCCAUCCACGCAAAUGAAAUCGCCUUUACCAGCAUUAGCGACAUUACAUACGCCGUUACCUGGUGUCUCAAAUGCUACAGCAAGCUCCAUGAAACCUGCUCCAUUACCAACGCGAACGCCAGGGGAACCAUUGAAGUAUGCCUCGGCGGCGGCGGCAGCAGCAGCAAGCGAUAAGAACGGAGUAGGCAUUGCACCGCUACCGCCACCACCGGGAGCUGCCACAACACAGUCUGGACUGGCUCCAACUGGUGUACGGACAAGUGCAACCGCGUCACCGGCGACUUCACACCCGCAGCCGGCGUCACGUGCGCAGCCACCAGGCGAGUCUAUACAGCAAGCACCGACCUCGAAAUCGCCUGCCCCAUCAGCAAGUAUACCGGCUACACCUGCUUUGGAAAAUGAGACUCUUUCGCGUGCUGCUUCGUCUGACGAUGCCACAAAGGCUAGCAGAAGAACGCCGGCUCCCGAGCGUGUAGAGGAAGAGGAAUCACAAGCUGCUACGCCGCCUUUGACAAAUGGUGAAUCACAUGCUGAGGACGAAGACGAGGAGUCGGUCUACCACCUACCUUCGAGUUUACAGGACCUGCUAGAUUCAUUCGAGGCGACCAAGAAUGACAUAAAUGCGUCGGUAUCAAAACCUCCGGAUGAACGUAUGCUUGCAACAUCCAUGGCUACUGCACCGGAUUCUGCGGACACCGAGGCACCGCGUCAUUACCGCCCACAAAACCCCUACCCGUUCACGCCUUCACACUACCCGCAGGAACCGUUGCCUAUUUUCGACGAUCCUCGCCUGUACUCCCGGAUCGAGACUGAUGCCCUCUUUUAUGCGUUCUAUUACCGCCAAGGUACAUAUCAGCAAUAUCUUGCGGCGAAAGCACUGAAGUCGCAGAGUUGGAGAUUUCACAAACAGUAUCAAACAUGGUUCCAACGCCACGAGGAGCCAAAAGCGAUCACCGAAGACUACGAGCAGGGAACGUACAGGUUCUUUGACUACGAAAGCACAUGGAUGAAUCGACGGAAAGCGGAUUUUCGGUUCGCUUACAAGUUCCUGGAAGACGAACUAUGAGCGUCAUAACGUCCUCUCUUGCUGAAGGCCCUUCUCGGCUGUGAUAGUUACAUUCUGUAUCAAGUAUUAGGUAGUCCUGGAAUGGUCCCUUCAUGGGCAGAUUUUGUGCUCUUCGAAAC